UUUUUUUUUUAAAUUAUCUCAUGCUUCCUAUUGUAUACGCAACUUCCUACCUCAAUUAUCCAUAACUCAAUCUUUAAUAACUAUAUUCCAUUCCAACUUAAUACUAUAAUAUGAUUCCAACAAAAGUUAUGUGUGAUUAAGCCUGUCAAUUCCCUGAGAUUACUUUUAAUGAAGAAGUUUCAGAAAAUACUGAUUAAAAUCGCUAAACUCACUCUAAAGAAGCUUUAGUAUUGCAAGAACUUAAUCAGUUAUUGAUAUAUUUGUAGAAGAAUAUUUCCUUGCUCAAAGAAAAAACUUUUGAAAAAUUUGCUACUGAGAAUUUGAAAGUAUAUCUUAUCAAUAUUGUUAUUAGAAUCUAAUAUCCAUACAUUGUGAUAUACCUAAUAUCAUUAAGAAGAGAUAUAUCUAAGUUAAUAAAACAAAAGAAGAAAUGACAAAAUUCAUUAUAAGAAGAUGCUUCCAAUUCAUUAAAACAUAAAUUAAUUAUUAAGAAUAAGAUAACCUUGGAGCAGAAGAAAGAGAUAGACUUUUUUAUCACACCUUCUUUUCAAGUGAUUAAGAAUUUAUGAAAACCUUAGAAAAUGGCUCUAUUGAUAAUCUUAUACCUUUUAGAAAAGAAUCAAAACUCAAAACUAUUAAUGAUGCUUAUUUAAAAAAACUAUUUACAUCAUAAAAGUUUUCUUAUUAUUAUUAGAAAUUUUUAGGUAAUUCAAUCUUUUACUUUAAUUAGAUGAAUUUCAAACUAUAUGUAAACAUGAAAAUGAAGAGAAAAUUGAAAAAAUGACUAAAUAAAUUCUAAAAAUCAUCAUUACAAGAAAUUAUGAAGUAUAAUAUAUAUUAUAUAUAUAUUAAGAAAAUUAAGACUUAUAGAAGAUUUCCAUGGAAAGAUCAUGAAUUUAAUAAAUGUGAAAAUAGAGCAUAAGAAAUCUAUUAAAAAUAUCAUUCAUAAUAAUUCAGUAUUUAUAAAUAUUAAAUUUAGAAAAUGAAAAGAAACUUUUGAAAAAGGAAUUAAUUAAAUUAGAACAUAUUGAAAUAUCUGAAUCUAUAUCAUGA